AUGAUGCCCCGGCAUCAAGCGAGCGGUUUUUCCAAUGGAUAUCCGCGUGAAAAGACCUUUGACCUCUCUCCACACAGCUUCCAACCUCGCACAUCCAUCGCAGCACAACGGCAGCGCAAGCGAUUAUUCAUUCGACUCGGCAUAGUAUUCUUCGUCGUGAUUCUUAUUACAUUAUGGGUUUGGCCCAAGAGCGCUUUCGCCUCGGUGUUGUCGCUGGGCCUACUCGGCGCAUCGUCAGAAUUAGAGUUGGAGACGGUACGAUACUACGAUUUAACAAACGUGCAAGGCACAGCACGAGGAUGGGAGCGCGAGGAGCGUAUCCUCUUGUGCGUUCCACUGCGCGAUGCUGAACCACAUCUUUCAAUGUUCUUCUCCCACCUACGAAACUUCACAUACCCGCACCACCUCAUCGACCUCGCCUUCCUCGUCUCAGAUUCGAAAGAUAGGACCCUCGAGGUUCUUUCAGACAACCUAGAACAAAUUCAAGCAGAUGCUGAUCCGAAACAACCAUACGGAGAGGUCUCGAUCAUCGAGAAAGACUUCGGUCAAGAGGUCAAUCAGGAUGUUGAAAGUCGUCACGGAUUCGCCGCGCAGGCGAGUCGAAGAAAGCUGAUGGCCAAAGCUCGGAACUGGCUUCUGAGCGCCGCCCUUCGUCCUUACCAUUCGUGGGUAUAUUGGCGAGAUGUGGAUGUCGAGACCGCGCCGUUUACGAUUCUUGAGGAUCUUAUGCGACACAACAAGGAUGUCAUUGUUCCAAGCACAACUAACAAUUUCGUAGAUGUCUGGCGACCCCUUCCCGAUUGGCUUGGUGGUGAACAGCCGUACGACUUGAACUCAUGGCAAGAAUCCGAGACCGCCCUCGCGCUUGCAGACACAUUAGACGAAGAUGCCGUCAUCGUCGAGGGCUACGCCGAGUACGCCACAUGGCGGCCACAUUUGGCCUACCUUCGAGACCCCUACGGCGACCCAGACAUGGAAAUGGAGAUUGACGGCGUCGGCGGUGUCAGUAUUCUUGCCAAGGCCAAGGUCUUCCGAACUGGCGUCCAUUUCCCCGCCUUCAGCUUCCAGAAGCAUGCCGAAACUGAGGGCUUCGGAAAGAUGGCCAAGCGCAUGAAGUAUUCCGUCGUAGGCCUUCCUCACUACGUUAUUUGGCAUCUUUACGAGCCCAGCGUUGAUGAUAUCAAGCAUAUGGAAGAGAUGGAACAGGAGCGAAUUGCGCGGGAAAAGGAGGAGGAGGAGAAGAAGGCCAAGGCAGCGAAACUGAAGGAGCAGUUUGGUGAUGGCGCUGACACUUGGGAACAAGACAAACAGGAGCUGAAAGAGCUAAAAGAAAAAGCAGCUGAAGAGGAAAAGCGACGAGUCAAGGAGGAGAAAGCAAAGGUCGCCCAACUAAAGCAAAAUACUAACAAAGAGAAGCCCGCGGCCCAAGACGAGAAAGCCACAACCAAUCAGGCCAAACCCAAAGCUAAGCAGGAGAAGUCACGAGCCAAACAGGAGGAAUCUGAGGUCGAUGACGAGAAGCCUGCAGCUGGCAAGGGCAAAUCAAAGGCCAAGCAAGAGCAGUCUGAGGUUGAUGAGGAGAAGCCCAGGGCUAAUCGUGAAAAGCCCAAGGCCAGUCGACAGAAGCCCAAGCCCAAGCAGGAAAAAUUGGCUCAGGCGGAAGUCGAGGAUGACAAUGUCGUGGCAGGCAAUUCCGAAAAGAAGCGAUUCGCAGAAUAA